AACAGGUCUGCGUCGUCGUCGUCGUCGCGUCCUCCUCCUCCCCAUCACCGGGCGGCACGUCCCUGGGGCUUUCGCCGCCCUUUCCUGAUCGGCGCGCGACCAGCCUCGUCCAAGGGCAAUCAGAGGCAGUUCCGAUGCGUUUGUCUUUCCCUUUUACUCGUGCUCCCGGUGAACGCCGCCUAAGUUGCCUUUCGCGAUCGGUCGCGCUUGGACGGGUGCUCCGCUCACUCUGCGUCUCCGGCGUCGCACGCAGGGCCCCACGUCGGCCCACAGCCUGACGGCGCACACUCAGCCAUGCGGCCCUCCGCGAUGCUCACCGGCCUGUCCCUGCUGGCGAUCUGCCUAGCCAGCGUGGCCGCGCAGUCCUCACCUGCCGAGGAGGGCGACACGCGAGCCAGCGUGCCGGCCCCAAAGACGACGACGCCCAGAGCCGCGGUCACCAGGGUGCCCACCAAGCCGACUACCAAGGACCCCGGGCCGGACCCACGAAACCCGUUCAAGUACUAUGCGCGCAAGCAGGAGAAGCUUGUCAAGACCCUCAUGAAGACCAUCACCGAGCACGUGACGCCCCAGUUCUUGGGGGACAUCUCGCAGCUCAAUCUGACCGGCGACUGCACCUACGGAUUAUUCAAGAUGAUCUUCGGCGUCAAGCAGCUCAAGCCGUGGGCCAUAAAAAUGCUGGACGCGAGCGGGAAAAUGCCGGACGGACUGUUCUACGGUUCACUGGCCGCAUUCGGAGACAUGGGCGAGUGCCUACACGUGCGGGCCAUCAACCGGCGUCUCAACGGAAAACUUGAAGAGUACUUCCAGGGCCAGUACUGCGCUCUGAACAUCCGCUUCAAGCUGCCACCAAAGCCAGCCCGCUACAGCCCCAAGACAUUCCUGAGGAAUCUUACCGAUGAGGUUCCUCUCUAUAAGCAUCUUCUAGGAGACGUGUCGGUGGGUUACUUCUACUUCACACCCAUCCGGAUGGCACUGUGCGUGCCUUCGACGUGCACGCAAAAUGACAUCCAGACAUUGGGAAGCGCCGUUGGAGAUUUGGCACAACUGGACGUGACAGUGCCCUUCUGUGAGAAACUAAAGCCGACAGAGUACACCACGCUCCAGCUCAUUGCCAUGGGCAUCUUGGCGUUCUUCUUCUGUCUGGUGGUGCUGGGCACGUUCCUAGAUGUGGCACCAAGGUUGCUGAACAGCUGGAUCAGCCACGAUACCGCAUCCCAGUGCUCGGAGAAGGACAAGGAGAUGAGCACCAACAUGGUGCUGGACGUCCUUCUGUCGUUCUCUGCCUUCACGAACGGCAAGCGGCUGCUGAGCACGCGCACGGCAAUCGGGGUGCUGGAGCCGCUGCACGGCAUGCGCGUCAUCACCAUGGCCUGGAUCAUCCUGGGACACACGUUCUUUUACAAGAGCUACGUGCUUUCAGGUGGCCUCUUCGAAGCGCUCGAGUAUGGCAAGUCGUUCCCCUUCCAGAUUGUCCUCAACGUGUUUCCGGCCGUCGAGACCUUCGUCACCAUGUCCGGCAUUUUGGUGGCAUACAGCAGCCUGCACAAGCUUGAGAAGCACCAGGGUUCUUUCAACCCGUUCAGCUAUUUUCUGCAUCGGUAUCUAAGGUUAACGCCGGCCUUCAUACUGGUGUCUCUUCUGAUGAUCUUGUUGCCACUCACCGGUAGCGGACCAGUCUGGAACGAAACGCUGCAGCCAUUCGCAAAAGCCUGCGAGAAAAGGUGGUGGACGAAUAUUCUCUACAUUGGCUCGUGGUUCCACCGAGAAGACAUGUGCUUGCCUCACGGAUGGUACCUUUCGUGCGACAUGCACUACUACAUCAUUGCUCCUGUCAUAUUCAUGCUGAUGUACAGGAGGCCGUCAGUGAGCUUCGCGCUGCUGGCCAUUCUGGGGGCCUCGUCCGUCAUCGCUGUUGGUGUGCUCACGUACAUCUGGCAGUUCCCGCCCAUCCCGAUCUUUGUGGACCCCGAUCCAGAUCACUUCAACGAGUACAUGAGCUUCAUCGGAUACCGGCCGUACACGCACCUCACAGCCUUCUGCAUCGGCAUGGCCACAGGCUACUUCCUUUACAAGCACAAAACGUUGCACAUCAACAGGGUCGCACGUCUGCUGGGCUGGUUAGCCGCGGCGCUGGUGAACAUGACGGUGGUGUUCGGCGUGUACAACUGGAACGCGUAUGAGGCGCCAUCGCUCUCCGUGGCCGUGGCCUACGCGGCGCUCAGCCGCGCUGCCUGGGCGUUCGGCAUCGCCUGGAUCGUGAUCGCCUGUGCCACCGGCAACGGAGGCUUCAUCAACGAGGUCUUGUCGUGGCGGGCCUUUGUGCCACUGAGCCGGCUGACCUACCUCGUGUACCUGGUGCACCCGCUGCUCAUACUGUGGCACACCGCCUACCUCAAGAAGCCCUUCUACACCACGCAGUUCUUUGUAGGUUACGUCUACCUGGGCCACCUGUUCUCGGCCUACUGUCUCUCCUUCUCGCUGAGCUUGACUUUUGAGUCGCCUUUCAUCUUGCUCGAGAGGAUACUGCUGGGCAAGUCAGCCCGCCAAAUGGGCUAUCAACCCGAGAAGACAGACAAGAUCUCGGCGAGAGACUUUUCCAAGAACCCGGACUCGCUCACUACCAAGGCGUUCGAGAAUGGCUCCAGCACCUGCGGUGUUUAAGUGCGGCGUCACGUGGGUGCGAGUGCGUGCAUCUUUCGUCAAUCGCCUUCUUCACGAAGAAGCCGUGCACCGUUCACACUGUGCCUCCUAUGUGCUUGCUCAAAGGACGUCCGCAGGGAACUGCCCUCAAGUGAUACAGGGCUGAGAACUCCUCCAGCUGGAUGCCCAUUUUUAAAACUAUGCAGGGUGUGUGCGUGCCUUCUUUUUUUUUUUUUUGUCUUUUUUUUUUCAAGUUCCAUUCGUUUUUAAUUUUUUUUUUCAUUCUAUGUAGUGUUAAUUAAGCUUGUUUUCAUAUUUGUGGAACCAGAGAAGCGGAGGUCACCAGCAGAAGCGGCACGAUGCGAGUCGGCGUGUAACUUUAUUAGCAUAGUUGGUGGUUAACUUUCUAAUUAUUCCAUGAGCGAAAAAGGCAGAAAGUGCUGCAGCACAAUCGCAGGUUCUCCCGCGCUGCAGCGCCGAGCACUGUGCUGCGCCAAACGCUUGUGCUGCUUUUGUUACCUAACACUGAACAUUACAGUGGGUACACAAAACGUAAUAUUCUAUCGAAGUAAUCACACAGAGUAAGGGAAAUGAAAGCAACGCGCUUCCGCCACCCUUUCCCGCAAAACUGCGGUGGCGCGUCAAGAGCGCGGAUUCAUAGUGUACACAUUCUACACAGGAAGCUGCGCCCACAUUCAUCAAUGCUCUUUUCGCUUCCCGCUGCCGCGAGUAAGUCACUAUUUCUGCAGCUGCGCGAAAUGUAGCGGCAGAGUCAAAGAUCCGUCAAGGCAGUAGUACUGCAAUAUCCCGAGUCGUCGCCCACAGACAUUUGCUUGCGAAAUAUCAACUGCACAAAAUUCAGCGAGGCCUUUCAUCCAAUUGUGCGAGACUUUUGACUGUGGCACUGCGUGGUCAGCGAGGCUUUUGCAGGGCCAGAAUCUUUGUGCCACAGCUAACUUCAACCGUGUAAAUUAAAGGGGUCCUGAACCACCCCUCGGGCUUGGUGAAAAAGCACAGGCAGCGGAUAGGAUACGCUGCUGUGAACAUAUAAGCCAAAUUUUGCCGUCACGCGCGGCGCGUGGAGCUCGCCAGCAGAGCGCGAAGUCCCCUUUUUCUCAAACGCUCUCUUUUCAACAGAAGCAUUCUCCUUACUCUUUUCGGACGCUAUAUUUCGUCGUAUAGCAUAUUCCCAGACGUGGCUGCUAUUGGCCAACAGCUGACAUCAAUCAAGAAGGGUGUUUGGAUCAGUGCGCUUAUUCCUACUGUUACUGUGUAUAUUUGUUGACGCAGUUUAAUAAAUGGGAUGAAGUAAGUGAAAAUCUGCUUUAGAAUUUCGGUAAGAAUUAUGUAUUUCCGAAAGAAGCGGACUAUAAUCUGUUCACGCUCGACUGCGGCCGCCUGCGUAGGAAAUAAACUAUGGCCAGACUGUUUAUUGGUGUCGUAGCCGUCUGGACUUACUAAUUUCUAUUAGUUUUGAACACUCAAAACUAGCCUCGAACCACACGAAACUUAAGGUCAGAUCACACGCACGCUUGUCAGCACGCGCUCACUCUUAGCCGUUCCUGGUUACUUCGUAUUGAGCUAUCGAUAGCGCUUCAAAAUGCGCAAGUUGGAUGUGGCUGCUAUCCGUCGGUCAAGCUGGUGCAGGACAAAGCCGGUCCGCACCCCAUAGCACAGCCAUGCAGACAGCAGCAUAUGGGCGCGAGCGCGCACUCAAGCCCUGUCGUGCACAAAGCAAACGCUGCGCAUACACUUGCAUGUAGAUGCGAUCUGCUACAUAGCCUAUAGAUACCGCGGCCGCCGCGGGAUGCGCGACGAGUCCGCUGGCUGAGCGCACUGCGGCUCGCUGAGGACAGCGUUUGGUGCAUUGUAGGUGCCAAAAUCGGAAGUCGUGGCAUCUACGUGAAAAUCCAAAAUCAAAUUUGAACUGCGCGCCACGGUGACGUUCAGUAGGCGGAGCGUUGUGGGCACGCCCCGCUCUGCCGUAGCCUUCGCAGGACAAGUCAUUGAAGGAGGUGCGGAAGGACCGCGACGGGGAUGUUUGAUUGCCAAUAACUCCGCUUCUGCUGACAACACUGAAGUACUUUUAGCAGCAAAGUAUUUCUGAAAUGGUCUAUUUUAACUUCGAAUGCAUUUCUCGACUCCGAUAAAAGUGGUUCAGGGCCCCUUAAGGACACCCUGCAGCGGCGAUGCACGGCAUAUUUAGUGCAGCAGUAGCAUCUUAUUGUUUUUAUUAGGAAAGAGGAAAGGCCGUUGGCAUCUUGACAGUCGCACCUUUAAAUUGACACCAGAACUGUCCUGCAGGCAUGGAGAUCACAGAAAGAAUGGAGAGAAUGAAAAGGAAGGUUAUAAUAAGGAGGUAGUAAAACAAAAAUAAAUAAAAUGAUAUAAACCGACAACGUAAGCACGUAACGACACGAUGGCAAUUUUCUCUGUUAACGAACACACACGUAAGCACACUCUAUAGGCAACCGUUUACGAAGCGUGUCGCACGUUGGGCGCUCAGCCAUUCUUAGCGCAUUCUGCUUGCGAACGUUUCUUUUUUUUUUUUUUUUUUUUCUUCACCGAAAUAUCGCCCACUAUCUCCCCUUUCUGACGAAUUGUCUUUAGGGGAGAGAGAGAGAGGAAUUGGACGUUGGGGGCGGUUCACUCGGGUUUAUGACGAUAUAUAUAUAUAUAUAUAUAUAUAUAUAUAUAUAUAUAUAUAUAGCGCUACCGCAAAAACAGGCCUCACCAAAAAAAGAAAAAAGAAAAGAAACGCGAAGUGUGUGUACAAUUUUGUGACUGCAUAGUCAGCGUAACUCGAUGUCAUGUUCAAUUGUUCUUCGUGCUGUUGAAAUACUGAUAUUUAGCAUAGCGAAUACAUAUCAGCACAGACGCAUACCGAAUGUCGUAGGUGCUAACAGCAGCGCUGAUGACUACGCCUUGUGACGCUCUGUUUAACCAAAGCGCGCAGUGCUCUUAAUACAAUCACCGUCUUUGUUCCCGUUAUCUGCUGGUGUAAACGCGUCCACAGCGGCAGUCAUAAGAAUGUAUUUUUGUAUCUUCUUUUUCGAAGAGACGUGCAACACAAUGUUUCUGCCGCGCUAUGUCCACAGCGUCACAGCACAUGGUCAAUGGCGCUGCUAUUCACGGAUAGUCUUCCGGUACUCUGGUGCACAUUUACGCUAGAAAGUCUCCACCAUGCUAAAACUCUGUAAUACUUUUGUACAUAGACUCGCUCUCACACAAGAACCGAGCAGUGCCGAUGUUGCAGAUAUCUUUGUAAACAGUGAGUAAUAAUUGUCUCACUGACACAAAUGCAGUUGUAGUGUCAAUAGAUCUGCUAAUGUGCAGCUAACGUUGCGUAACGGACUACGACUCAAUGAACUGCACCUUUUUGUUGUCCCAUCACCGCGGCACUGGUGCCGCCCAGAUGGAUGCUGCUAUUACACAAUACAAAACGGUAGCUUGCCAUCUGCACAAGUGACGCUGUUUAUAGCUGUUGCAUGUUUUAUAGUGCUUGAAACAAUACCAGCGCAAACUGGCAUGGUUGCAAGCAAGCGCCGAUUUAAGCACCGAUAUUUGUUAGACGCACCAUCCAGUUCUGUUCGCCCACGUCCGGCCUUCAACAAGGUCUCUCAUGGCUCAGGUAAAAGCAACACAUUCAUUAAACAUAAUCUGUACAUGUUU